GCGGGAACCAGGUUGUUUCUGUUCUUGUAGCUCGUGCCUGUUGUGGGAGAUUAUAUAUGGUGGAAGCGGCUCGGACAGCAGAGUCGGCAAAAAUUCUACAUGACUGGGUGUGCUGUGGUGGCGUAGCGGUUGGCGCGACCCGUAUUUGGAGGCCUUGAGUCCUCGACGCGGCCGUCACAGCGAUGAAGCAGCUUCCUGCAGACACGGUGCGGCUGCUGUCCAGCUCGCAGGUCGUCACGUCUGUGGUGAGCGUGGUGAAGGAGCUGAUGGAGAACUCCCUGGAUGCUGGCGCCUCCAGCGUCGACGUGAAGCUGGAGAACUUCGGCCUGGACCGGACGGAAGUUCGAGACAACGGCUGUGGGAUCAAAGCGGCGGACGCUCCGGUGAUGGCCGUCCGACAUUUCACCUCCAAGAUCAGCAGCCAUGAAGACCUGGAGCGCCUGGAAACGUACGGCUUCAGGGGCGAGGCGCUGGGCUCCAUCUGCGCCGUGGCCGAGGUCACCGUUACCACUAAAACAGAGGAGGAGGAUGUCAGCACGCAGUACACCCUGGACUCCAGCGGGGGCAUCGUCUCUCAGAGGCCGUCCCACCUGGGUGGAGGAACGUCGGUGAGCGUGGCGAAGCUGUUCGGGAAGCUGCCGGUGCGACGGCAGUUCUUCUCCUCCGUCAGGAAGCGUAAGGAGGAAGUGAGGAAGGUCCAGGACCUGCUGAUGGCCUUCGCCAUCAUAAAACCGGAGCUGCGGCUCACGCUGGCACACAACAAGGUGGUGGUUUGGCAGAAGGCCAGAGCGGCGGACCACAGGAGCGCCCUGGUUGCUACGCUAGGAGCUAGUACUGUCGCUAACCUGCUGCCCGUCCACCAAGAACAGCCAGAGAUGGUUCUGGAUGGUUUUCUUCCCAAACCCGGAGCUGAUUUGUCCUUAACGAGCUCCUCUACCUCUGAUAAAACCUUCAUAUUUAUUAAUAAGCGUCCUGUCCAGCAGAAGGACAUCCUGAAGCUGUUGCGUCAGCACCACUCGGCUCAGUAUCCUGACGAUGCGGCUCGGCAUCGGUUCCCCGUCCUCCUACUGAACAUCACAGUUUGUCCUUCAUCGCUGGAUGUAAAUGUGACGCCUGAUAAAACCCAGGUUCUGCUUCAUAACAAGGAGGCGGUUCUGGCUGCCGUCGAGGCUCUGCUGGUUUCUCUUUACGGUUUUCAUCCUGAAAAGCAGCCGGACCCUGAAACUCUUCCUCCUGCUGCUGGUUGUGUGGAGACGGAUCAGAAUACAGAGAGCAGGAAGGUGAGCGAUGACGAUGCCGGCCAAUCAGCUGCCCUGCAGCGCCAGGCCUCCAGCUGCAGCUCCUCUUCCUCCAUGGCGGACGACUGGAUCGUCAACCAAUCCAGUUUCUCCCUCUGCGACGACGAGGCGACCCGGAGUCGACCCCAGAGCGCCGAGCCCAGCCCAGAGGAGCCGCGGCACCCUCAGGUGUCCGCCGAGGCCUGGAGCCGCGGCACGGCACUGACCGACCCGGCGUCAGGAGAACCGCUGCGGCCCGUCGCCAUCCACCGGCCCGACCCAGAGGUCAAGAGGUCAGGCAAUGCCAUAACGGAGAAACGGGCCGCGCUGACGGCGUACGACAUGAUCAGGAGCCGCGCCCUGAAGGCGCCGCCGUCCGCCGCCUCGCUGUUCGAGAAGGAGACGCGGUCCGAGGUUCUGAUGGAGCGACCGGCCGCCAGCCUGCAGGAGGUCAGCGCCGCCGUCCAGAACCGCUGGGAAAACCUGGGAGACGAAGGCAGGAAGAGGUUUGAGGAAAAGGCGAGGAAGAGUCAGGACCUCCAUGACCAGAGAACCAGGCUGGCGGCCGCUGCGGCCCCGAGGGCCCCUGCCGAUCGGCCCCUGGGGGCCGCUAAGCUCCAGGCUCAGAAGCGUAAAGCUCCUCUGUCCAACCAGCAGCUGCUGGACGAGCUUUUCUCCGCCCAGCCCCCGACAAAGAAGAAGGCUCCGCCCCUGAAGCCGUGGCGGCCGCUGCCCUGCAGCAUGGCGGUGCUGCGCCAGCGGCUGCUGCGCCUUUCGGCCCAGAGCGGCGCAGCGGGGCCCCGGGGCCUCCGCCCGGUGGGCCGGCUGGUCUCUCAGAACGCCUGGCUGAUUUUGUGCGGCGGGCGGCGUUUGAUGCUGCUCAACCCGUUCCGGGCGGAGGAAGCCUUGCUGUUCCAGCGGCUCCAGCAGGAUCACAUCCUUCCUGCCGCCUGCCUGCAGAACCCGCUGCUGCUCACCGACAGGAACCUGGGCGCCGCGGAGUUCGAGACGCUGUGCAGUUUGGAGAAAGGCGCGGCGGAGCCAGAUGGCACCGUCUUCUUCUCCGACCCCCGACUCGUCGCCAACGGCUUCAGAAUCAAACUCAGUCCAGCAGAGCGCCAUCUGGAAGCAACGGCCGUGGCGGACUGCGUGCCUUUCCUGGGCCUGGAGGACCUGAAGGAGGUUCUGACCGCCGUCCUCCAGAGGAAGGCCGCCACGGUGCCGCAGAGCCGGCCGCUUAAAGUCACCAACUACCUGAAGGCCGAGGCGGUCCGGCUCGCCCGCCAGCUGCCUUCAGAUUUAUGUGGUGAAGAGGUGGAGGAGCUGCUGGAGCGGACGGAGCGGCGGCUGGGCGGAGCCGACCGGACCUGCAUCCACGGGCGGCUCUUCCUGCACCACCUGGCCGACGUCCCGUCCACACAGCAGGAGGCCCGGGCUGGACUCACACCGCUGAGCAACACACACACCUCCGGUUCGCUGGCGGUCGUCUAACGAAGCCGAACUCUGGAGACAAAGUGGCUCAACGGUGAGCGGAGUCCAAACGGACCAGCUGGUCUGUUCUCAGAACCACUCUGGUUUUAACCAGAGGGAUUAAUAACAAACAUUUUCCACUGAAAAAAAUCAUUUUGUUGUUAAAUUAUGGAAUAAACAGACAUAUGAGCUCAACAACAAUCAUUUAUUUGGUUUAAUCUGGACACACAUUUGGUAGCUAAGUCAAGUUUACAGAAUAUUUCAACAAUACAGCAGUUCAGAGUUUUUUACAUGAUAUAAAUAUAACAACGAACAAAAAAUAUUAUAUUGCAGGCAGAAUAAGGAAAAGUUGAAAUGCAGAAUAAAAGUAAUGAUGUUCCAGUUAUUAGAAAUCAAAUCGACUCUAAACAGCUGGGUUUUAUUCUAGAUUUAAAGGACCUCAGUGUUUCGGCAGUUUUGCAGUUUUCUGGAAGUUUUUUCCAGAUGUGUGGUGCAUAGAAGCUGAAGCUGCUUCUCUAUGUUUGCUUCUGGUUUUUCCUGGUUUGUUUGUUUUUCAUUCAGUGAAGUUUCUCACAAUGGAUAUAAAAUCCACAAAAUUAACUGGAGUAAGAGUAGCGACGCUUCAUGAUGAAAUUAACUUGCUAAAAAUAUUCCUAAAAGUAAUUUUUUUCUUUAAGUAACUGAAGUGAAGGCAACUAGUUGCUACAUAAGUCAGUAGAAAGUUUGGACUCCCUGCUGUGAUCUAAUGUUACUUUGCUUCUCUUCAGUCUGGUUUGUUUAUCUCACAUGUUUGGUUUUGGUCGGACUGAGGGUGUACUUAGUUCCUGGUGAGGAUAGUUUGACUCGUCUUUACGUUUGGAGCUGUAAUCUGUAAACCAACCUGCAGGACGAGGAUUGACAGGCGGUUCGCUGAAUCCCUCCUGGACAAUCGGGAAGCAAUGAAAAGCAAUAAAAUCAACCAGUCGGGGCCCGAGGGCCAGAUGGCCAGAUGGCCAGCUGCUGAGCGCUGCCUGUCUUCACCUCGCCUGUAAUUUAUCCUUUCCGUCUGCGCUGCGCUUGCUUUUCCACUUACGGAUGAGGAAUCGCCACGCUGACCCCACAGCUGACAGCCACAUCUGGGAGCCGUGAUGUGAUUGAUGGCCGGUCACUGGGAGCUCCUGGACCAGGCCGAGCCGCCGUCCCCUCCAGGUCUGUUUACAGAACGCUGCAGCGUUUGUUUGCGAUGAGGCAUCAGAAAAAAUCCGUCCGGCUCGGCGCCGCUCCUCUGGGACGCAGGGAUGACAGUGAUGAAGAGGAGGGCUUCCUCCGAGGAGACCCCCUGACGAAAAGCGCGGGCGCCUGACACGGACGGAUGUCGAGCGGUGUCAGGUAUGUGUCAGGCCCUGACAGCUCAGGAAUAACGGGUAUGGUACAGUUUUACAGAUUCGUUUUAUAAGACGCUCAAGCAGCAAGCUGUACUUUCCGCCGUUAAUCCUCAGCAGAUAAAUCCAGCCUCGCUGCUGGCCGACGGGAAGCUGCCUGAUAUGUUUACAGCCCAGAUUCAGAAAAAAUACAGUCAAUGAUGAAAAGUUUGAGUCAGAAAUUAACAGCAAUAAUUUCAGUAAUUAGCCUGAUAGAAGAGGAAAAAUGUUUUUCAAAGUCAGA